AUGUCUUUCGGGGCUGCUUUGGGUGCCUCUGUCCGCGAGGACUUCUUCCAGAGAAAAUCCGCCAGUGUGGUAACUUGUAGAGAUUUUGGGAUGUGCUCCUGGAGCUGGGGUUUAGGUUGCGAUGUUCUCCUGGCUGGAGCCUUCGCAGCUUUUACUGUUGAUCUUUUGGUCUAUCCUUUGGACACAUUAAAGACUCGGUUCCAAAGUCCAGAUUAUAAAAAGAUCUAUUACGAUGCAUCCAGGAAUACAUUAAACAGAAGGCAGCUUUUUCGUGGUCUUUACCAAGGCGUGGGAAGUGUGAUCUUGAUUACGAUACCUUCUUCUGGUGCAUUCUUCACAACCUAUGAGGCAGCCAAGGUUUUGCUUUCCAAAGCCAAUCCAACAAAUAAUGGAUCGGCACUAGUCCCACAGCCAUUCCUUCACAGUGCAGCUUCGGCAACUGCUGAGCUGGUGUCAUGCUUCAUUCUCACUCCGGCCGAGGUAUUGAAGCAAAAUGCUCAAAUGAUACGACGCCCUGCUGGAGCAUCAACAUCAAAGGUCUCUACUGCUUUCCAACCAUCAGUAACUCUCCAAGCACUGAAGCAGUUUCAAAAGCCUUCGCAACUAUGGAGAGGAUACACUGCUCUUGCAGCCCGGAAUCUGCCUUUCACUGCCAUGCAAUUCCCGAUGUUUGAGCACCUCCAGGAAAGCAUCAAACAAUAUCGAAAAAGGUCGAGGGCAUUCACUGGAGGGCUACUGGAAACAGCGCUCACCACGGCAGUUAGUGCUGGGAGUGCGGGGUCUCUGGCAGCGGUCAUCACUACCCCGGUCGAUGUUGUCAAAACUCGAAUCAUGCUCUCGGCUGCUGAUGAGAGGUCUGAAGCUGCAGCAAAGAAAGAGGUUGAGAAGGCUCAGAAACAAGGACAGUCGUUAGACACGCUCGUCAGUAAAAAGGGGGUAACGAAGAAGAGUGGACUCACUGUGGCUCGUGAAGUGAUGAGAGAGAGCGGAGUGAAGGGCUUAUUUCGCGGAGGAACAUUGAGAGCUGCUUGGACGGCUUUGGGGAGCGGUCUCUAUCUUGGUGUGUACGAAAGUGGAAAGGUUUGGCUUGGUGACCAACACCAAAGGCAGAAGGAGGAUCAAUGA